ACGCUAGCUGCUCGGCAACGCCGGCUUCAUCCUGGGGCUAUAAAACCAGUUCACCGUAGCGCGGCGGAGCAGCAGCGGCUCCCGCUUCUGUGCAGACGCCCAGCAGCCGGUGCACGCCGCCCAGCCGCCCCAGCGCCUUCAGCCCAGAGUCCUGCUAAAACUCAAAAGGUCUUCGGACCCCCACCGGGUCUGCUGCGCUCAGCGCCCACCCAGCUCACCGUUAACAGCCACCCUUGCCUCGGCCGCGGCUCCUGGAGAGCGGCUCGCUCACCUAGCUUGGCUCUGAGGACAGGGAGUGGGGGGCGCCUUCAUGCGGCCCCCACACCCUUCACCCCACCGCCGCCGCCGCCCCCGAGCUCUGUGCGCUGCGUCCCAGCCCCAGCAAGGCGUGCAACUUUGGAAGUCCCGUGGUUCUCCAAGAGAAGGCAGAGUCCGCGCCCUCGCUCGAGGUCCGGCCCAGCCCGCGCCAUCGCGCCGGAGGGGCAGCGACAGAGUCGGAAAUCGCUUCGAGGGUAUAAGAAGACAGACCUAGGAUCCUGAGCCCUCGCCAACACCCCUCGGCUGCCUCUUGGGGUAAGACUUCCUGCUUUGGCUCAGCUCAAGAGUCAAGAAUAAAUCUCUAACCACCAGCUGGCCCUACUCUAUCCUGCCGCGUAGAAAUAAAACUUGGCUGUGUUUGGGGAGCUGGAAGAAAGAAGGCGCCCACCCGGAGCGUCGGAAGGACCAGCCGGUGCCAGUUCGCUGGCGCCAGUCCAUGGACCACUAGAGGUCCCCCAGCUUGGGCCCGGGCUCCCUGCGGCCCUCUCCCUAUGUGAGGCGCGGCGGGACGAUCCGCGUGCCGGAGGAAGAGGAGGACCCACGGACGCGGGGCCGGAAGACAGCUGGCAGCAGGCCCAGGAGAACCGGCGCCCGCGUUCAUGUUCCGCCAGGAGCAGCCGCUGGCCGAGGGCAGCUUUGCGCCCAUGGGCUCCCUGCAGCCGGACGCCGGCAACAGCAGCUGGAAUGGGACGGAGGCGCCCGGGGGCGGCACCCGGGCCACCCCUUACUCCCUGCAGGUGACACUGACCCUGGUGUGCUUGGCUGGCCUGCUCAUGCUGUUCACAGUGUUUGGCAACGUGCUGGUUAUUAUUGCGGUGUUCACCAGUCGUGCGCUCAAAGCGCCCCAAAACCUCUUCCUGGUGUCCCUGGCCUCAGCGGACAUCCUGGUGGCCACUCUGGUCAUUCCGUUUUCUUUGGCCAACGAGGUUAUGGGCUACUGGUACUUUGGUAAGGUGUGGUGCGAGAUCUACUUGGCGCUCGACGUGCUCUUCUGCACGUCGUCCAUAGUGCACCUGUGCGCCAUCAGCCUGGACCGCUACUGGUCCAUCACGCAGGCCAUCGAGUACAACCUGAAGCGCACGCCGCGCCGCAUCAAGGCCAUCAUCGUCACCGUGUGGGUCAUCUCGGCCGUCAUCUCCUUCCCGCCACUGAUCUCCAUAGAGAAGAAGGGCGCUGGCGGCGGGCAGCAGCCGGCCGAGCCGAGCUGCAAGAUCAACGACCAGAAGUGGUAUGUCAUCUCGUCGUCCAUCGGUUCCUUCUUCGCGCCUUGCCUCAUCAUGAUCCUGGUCUAUGUGCGCAUCUACCAGAUCGCCAAGCGUCGCACCCGCGUGCCGCCUAGCCGCCGGGGUCCGGAUGCCUGUUCCGCGCCGCCUGGGGGCGCCGAUCGCAGGCCCAACGGCCUGGGCCCGGAACGCGGCGCGGGCCCGGGGGGCACCGAGGCCGAGCCUCUCCCCACCCAGCUUAACGGCGCCCCGGGGGAGCCCGCGCCGGCUGGGCCGCGCGAUGGGGAUGCGCUGGACCUAGAGGAGAGUUCGUCGUCCGAGCACGCCGAGCGGCCCCCGGGGCCCCGUAGACCCGAGCGCGGUCCCCGGGCCAAGGGCAAGACCCGGGCGAGCCAGGUGAAGCCCGGGGACAGUCUGCCGCGGCGCGGGCCGGGGGCUGCGGGGCCCGGGGCUUCGGGGUCGGGGCCCGGAGAGGAGCGCGGUGGGGGCGCCAAAGCGUCACGCUGGCGCGGGCGGCAGAACCGCGAGAAGCGCUUCACGUUCGUGCUGGCCGUGGUCAUCGGCGUGUUCGUGGUGUGUUGGUUCCCGUUCUUUUUCACCUACACACUCAUAGCGGUCGGCUGCCCGGUGCCAUACCAGCUCUUCAACUUCUUCUUCUGGUUCGGCUACUGCAACAGCUCGCUGAACCCGGUCAUCUACACCAUCUUCAACCACGACUUCCGCCGCGCCUUCAAGAAGAUCCUCUGCCGCGGGGACAGAAAGCGCAUCGUGUGAGCGAGUGGGAUGUGCCCAGCUUACAGACGCUUGUCCGAUGCAGGCCCCGGGCUUCGAGGGGGCGCGUCUACUCAGGCAGCCCCAGCACUCUGAAACCCAGGACCUACCUGCUCUAUGUGUUAUCAUCUAACUCGGAGGGAGCCCCUUGGUCUCUGAGGGCACCUUUUGUUACAUGUGUAAAGUUCUGGUUGAGAGGGACACACGCGCCUUUUGGUGGCUGUUAUGGUUGCUCCCCACCCAUAGCCAUUUUCCUGGUGGGCUACCCUGAUCAGUAUUGUUUCCUAAUACUAUUCUCAUCCUCCUCCCUAGUCUGACUUUUCCCAAACUCUUCAGAGCAAGUGCAGUGCUAGAGAGGGCAUGGCUGCCAAAGGGUUAAUGAACCAAGAUUCCUAGCCCUGGCUAAUUACCACUAUCCCUUCUUUAAAAAAAAAAAACAAAACAAAAAAACCGAUUCAGGGCAGCCCUGCCCUCCCAACCCCCACUGUAAAUAUACAUUAUUUUUGAUAGCGUACUUUGAAGUCCUCAAUGUUGGCCUUGGUGUGAUGUUGGAAUCAUGGCCGUGGAGAUGCUCUCCAGUUAGAGACUCAGAGGCAGUGGCUGUACCUGAUCCAGACCAAGCUCCUUUGCAAUGCAAGCCCUUUCCUAGUGUUAUUAUGUGGCUCUCAGUGCUUUUCACCAGUAACUGGUGACUGUCCCUUGGACACGGACCUGCUUUGAGAUUUUCUGACAGGGAAAGGGUUUCUGUUCAUUUUUCCCCCUGUGCCUAACAGCAUAAUUGCCUUUUCCUAUGUAAAUAUUACAGCGAUGGACAAAGACAGAAGGAAAUGAACCUUCUGCCUUGCAUCAGCCCUGUGUAUAAAGCCAUUAUCCUCUGGGGCACCACUUGCUCCAGUAACUCACUUUAAAACUGACCUUGUGGUUCCCACUCCUCUGGGGCCAAGGCUUGAAGAAGAACAUGUAUAUUUCUAUCUUGUCUGUGUGCUGCCCCUCCCCCAGAAAAUGCUGACUAAGGGGAAUCUUUUAGCUGCUGAUUUUAGCUACACAGGAGUGGAAAUUAUGUGGAAGAAACAAACCUGAUACAAUUUGCGCAAGGUAAACAAUAGGAAGACAAAUGGGCUGCCACACUGUACAGGGCCAGCCCCAAGAGCUCUUCCGUCUCAAAGUGCUCCCUUCCCCUGGCUUUUCUGGCUGCGAUCAUGUCACUAACAAUUGCCAAAGUGGGAGUGGGGUAGGGCAGGAACUUCAUGUUUACAGCAGGGUUUCUACUUACUUUAGGUCGACAGGGAAGGCCUGUGCUCUGACUUCACGGAAAAAAAAAAACCUAAAUGUCAGCACUUGUUGCUUAUGACAGUGGAUUUUUAAAAAAUAAAGUUUACAGAUCAAAUGUGAAAUAAACAUGGAUUAAGUGGUC